CACGAUGGGGGCGAUGAGCCAGUGAGAGCCAACAUGCCGUUCCCGCUGCAAGCGAUCGUUGUCGUUGUUCUCGUCCGUUCGGUACCGGUUUAAAGACGCUUCGGAACAAAGUCCUUCGGCUUCUCGCGUGCAGUUCGUGGCUUGUGUCGCGAAAUCGAAACGGAAAUCGGUCGGUGACGUUCUGUGAAGAAUCGUGGUAAUCACCAUCGGUAGAGACAUAAGAGAGAGAGAGAGAGUUUCUCGUCGCCGACGGUUCUCUGUUUCCUCGAAUCUUUCCCACGUAUCGGCCGCUGCGUUUGACAAUCUGUGCCAUCUUCUGUCGCACCCAUCUUCGCCGCGCGUCGCCCCCUAUUCUCCGUUCAUAUCCUUCUGCCACCACGAGUCGUGCGCGACCACGGUACACGGUACCAACGGGUUUCUACUAUAUUCCGUGCAGGCUACCGCGAGUUUAGCGGCCACGUAAAUAUGGCGUGUGAACGGUGGUGCUUUAACCGUGGCUGUGCCGGAGCUGUCCGAGGAUGGCCUUGCGUCCUGUUGCUGCUGGCGUUCUACGUGUUCGAGCCCGGCGUCGCGGACAACGAGCCCAAUCGUUACUACCAGUACCAGCUGGAUCAGUCGAGAGGCCAAUCGUUGGUCGACGAUGGAUCAAUCGAAUUCUCCUACUUGUCCGACGACGAGGAUCACGAGCUGGCUAGGGAGCGCCGGGAUGUGCAAGAUAAGCUAGACACAUUGGUACUCCAUGACCGAUACACUUCGACACCAGUGCCUGCCUUCCAGCAGGCUACCUCGGAACAGCCCAAGUCGCAACCCCAGCAGCAGCAAGAACAACCGGAUCAACAACAGUCGAAGCAGCAGCAAUUACAGCAGCCACAACAGCAGUCAGAAGUAGCUGUCGACACUCGAAACACACCGGCGAACGUGUCCUAUUCGACGGACACCGGCGAAUCCUCAACCGUCUCCUCCGCUUCGACGACAACAAAAGCGAAACAGGAGAACACGAAUGUCGUCAUCUUCCCGCAGACGGCCGCCAAUGCGAAUAAGACGUGGGUCGGGCAAAACGGGUGGAUGAACCUGUCGAAAUGGGCAACCGCACCGGAGAGAACACCGACGGAGGCGAACAGAAACUCCGCAAAAGCUGCGACAGAGCCGACCAGCGAGGCUGCGGACGACAAAGACGAGUCCGACAGCAAUCUCGGUGACAUUUCGAUUGAGAAAUUCUCGGACCUAACGAACAAGACUCUAACGCAGCAUAACAUCACGAAAAUGGAGUACGACACGCAUCAAUAUUACAACAGCACGUUCACCAUCGACGAGGCCGUGGGCAAAAAGUACUGGGUGGACAUAGACAAUCAUCCGGAACUGAAGGUUAAUUAUCUACUCAGCCAGAGUCAUCGCCGAGCUACAACCGUCAAGCUGAAGUUCGACUUCCCAUUUUAUGGACACAAAGUGCGCAACAUUACUAUCGCCACCGGCGGCUUCCUGUACACCGGCGAGUAUGUUCACAGUUGGCUGGCAGCUACACAGUACAUUGCCCCGUUGAUGGCGAAUUUCGACACGCGUCUGUCGAACGACAGUUUCGUCAAGUACGCUGACAACGGAACGGCGUUUACGGUUGAAUGGGAGAAGGUGUCCCUCCACGACAAACCGGAUGCCGGCGCGUUCACCUUCCAGGUGACUCUGCACCAGAACGGCGACAUCGUGUUCGUCUACUCAGUGAUCCCUCUGAUGGUGAAGAAGAUCGAGGACACGGCGCAUCCCGUUAAAGUUGGCCUCAGCGACGCUUACAUCAUGGACAGAAUAGCGUUCUUUGUUCGCAGAAAGACCAUAUACGAGUAUCACCGCGUCAACUUCAACCGGCAGGACAUCAGGAACUGGACCGUGAUCUACCUGAACGCGUUGCCCACCUGUCUGGAAAUGGACAACUGCAAGGAUUGCUUGACCAAAUUGAAAGACUUCGACUGCAAAUGGUGCUCGUUGCUGAAUCAGUGCAGCACGGGGACGUUCAGGUCGCGGCAGGACUGGCUGUCGAAAGGUUGUGAAACCAGGAAGAUCAAGGAUGUCGAAUAUUGUCCCUUAAGGACCAGAGCGUACGAAGAGCACGAAGAAGAGUACAAUCAUGUCGUGCACAUGCACUCCGAGGAGACCGUCACCGUCAGCGAGAUGAACGUGGAAUUGGCUGGAAAUCCAAAAUAUGUCUUCCAGAAAUCUCGGAACAGCAAUAUGAACAUGGGAGUUUCUGGAAUAAUUGGAAUCCUGAUGGUGGUCGGUCUGGGCGUAGGUUUAGUGGGCUGGGCUGCAUACGCUUAUCGCAAUCCUCACAGUGCGUCCGGGCAGAUGUUAAUUAGGUAUCGACCAAGCCAGUGGAGUUGGCGAAGAGGUGAGGCACGUUACACGGCGGCAACAAUUCACAUGUGAUCGGACGUUGCCCCGUAAAACGCAGUCAACAGCUAGUAAAGAACUGUCGGACCAAAUUUCCUACUAAAUGUGAAACUGUACCAAGUUUUUACGCACGAGACCGUUUGUCCGUAAUGAUGCGACCGUCGCACCGUUGAUUGCCAUAUCAGAACACGUGAAAUCUGUUUUGCCGACGUUAAAGGAACAAGCAUUCUCAGCUUGUCGCAUUGUUUCCGAAUCAAUGGCAUUUGAAUCGCUGACGACGAGCUCUUCUAGAACAGAAACAGGAACAAAACUUUUCUAAAAUCUAAAAUGUUGGUGUUUCAUUGUUCUUAAUGUUGCGCUAAACUCGUUCAUCCUGAUUAUUUUUGACGACGGUGAAACGACCAUCCGUACCGUUUUCGUUUUAAACGAUCUACGAGAUUAAUGUGUUUAUUUUCUUUCAAUUACUCUUCAUAUUAUUGAACGUCUCGCAGGGACCUCUGUUUACAAUGGUCUCUUGUUCGUUCGAAUGAAAUUAUUUCUUUAUUCUUUUCGAUUCAUCCUAGUGAACAAAUUUCCGUUACAUGAUUUUUUCGAAAUACAGUAAUGCCUCCCUAAAUGACGUAAUUUUGGUCUGCCAUGAACGACGCCGUGAUAUUGUCACGGCCCUGUAACUUAUCGAUAUUCUCGCUACGCCGACACUAAGGCGACACUAUACUAUACGCGACACGGCUCCUUUGACUCGAAUUC